UCCCCAAUGAAGAAUGCGAGUUGGCGUCUGCAGCAGUGGCGGUCACUUGUCCACCAUCCGCCUUCGAGACAUCGCGGGCGCCGGACGCCACCAUGAGGCCCUCGAUCUUUUCCGCCACGCCCUCCGCCACUCCGAACCCUUCGUCUCUAUCUCCUCCAUCCUUCCCUCUGCCAUCCUCUCCGCCGCGGCCCUCUCCCUCUCUCCCGCCGCCGCCCAGCUCCACUCCCUCGCCCUCAAGUCUGGCCUCCUCCCCGCCGAUCCCUUCGUCCUUACCGCCCUCCUGUCCGCCUACUCCCGCCUCCGCCUCCUCCCCCUCGCCUGUCGCCUCUUCGACGAGGUCCCCUCCUCUGCUGCUCCCACCUCCGCCUUCAACGCCCUCAUCUCCGGCCACGCCCUCGCUCCCGUCUCGUCCCCUGCCGUCCUUGCGCUCUUCUGCCGCAUGCGACGUGAGGCGGUUCCUUUUGAUGACGUCACCCUCCUCGCUCUCCUCCCAGCCGCCCCGCCGGCCGCCAUCCCGCCACUCCACGGCGUUGCCUUCCGGGCUGCCCUAGCCUCCGUAUCUUCUGUGUCCAACUGCCUGCUCUCUUGUUACUCGAGAGUCGGCGCUGUCGAUUUUGCCCGGCAACUGUUCGACGAAAUGCCCGACCAUCGAAAGGACCUUAUUUCUUGGAACGCCAUGAUCUCGUGUUACGCCCAGAACGGCCUCGCUCAUCAAGUAUUGGAUCUCUUUGAUACGAUGGAGCACUCGGCCUCUGUUGAGCCAGAUGCUGUCACACUCAUUGGCGUGCUCACCUCUUGCGCAUAUCUCGGCGCCCGCUCCAUUGGAAGGAAAAUAGAGAACUACAUUAGCCAAAAACCAUACUUUGAUUCGAAUACCCACUUAAAAAAUGCACUUAUAAGCCUGCAUGUUAGGUGUGGAGAUUUGGCUCGAGCACGUAAGAUUUUUGAUGAAAUGCCUCAGAGGACCAUAGUUUCCUGGACAGCAAUGAUUGCUGGAUAUGGGAUGCACGGGCAUGGUGAAGAAGCAUUGCGGCUCUUUGAUAAGAUGAUAGAGGUUGGGAUCAGGCCUGAUGGAAUUGCAAUGGUCAGUGUCUUGUCGGCAUGUAGCCAUGGGGGGAUGGCUGACAAGGGAAUGUGGUAUUUCUCUUCAAUGAAGACAGCAUAUGGGGUUGUGCCAAGUCGAGAGCACUAUGCUUGUGUGGUGGAUCUUUUGGGCCGUGCUGGCCAGCUUAAGGAGGCUUGGGAAUUGAUUGAGUCAAUGCCAGUGGAGCCUGAUGGUCCCAUUUGGGGUGCAUUGUUGGGUGCAUGCAAAAUCCAUAAAAACGUUGAGUUGGCAGAACUGGCUUUUGAGCAUGUCAUUGAGCUUGAGCCGACAAAUGUUGGUUACUAUGUCUUGUUGUCGAACAUAUACUCUGAUGCUGGAAGGUUGGAUGGUGUGGCAAGGGUGCGAGCUAUAAUGAGACAGAGAGGGCUAAAGAAGGGCCCUGGUUGUAGUUAUGUUGAUCACAAGGGGAAAGUUCAUUUAUUCAUGGCUGAUGAUCAUUCUCAUCCACAGGCAAAGAAUAUUUAUGAGAUGGUCCUUCGAUUGGAGGCUAUGGUGAAGAAUGAUAGUGAGAUAUAUGGGAAUAAAAGGAAGGAGAAUCUGCCACUGACAGGUUUUCAUAGUGAAAAGUUAGCAAUUGCUUUUGGGCUUUUGAAUACUGAGGCUGGGGCAGAAAUUGUGGUGAUUAAGAACUUGAGGGUAUGCGAGGAUUGCCAUCAGUUUAUGAAGAUGGUUUCUCAGGUAGUUAAUAGGAAAUUUGUUGUGAGGGAUGCGAGUCGCUUCCAUCAUUUUGAAGGAGGAGCAUGUUCUUGUAAAGAUUAUUGGUGAAGUUUGUUACUCAUUAUCAAAAGUGCUAGAAUGAAUUUGGACGGCAGCUUCAUCUCAGCCUAAUGGUCAUUCAGCAACCAAUGCAUACUCAUUAAUCUAGGAAAGGCUGAACGAAUCUGCAGAGAUAUUUAAACUAAGAU